AUGGGAAAAAAGCACACUUUCAGUUAUUCUCGAAAUCGGAAGCGGUUAGGCAAAAAACAAAAGGCAAAAUUAAAAAUCAAAAACCCAGUCAUUAAUUCAGCUUGGAAGUAUGGAUUAUCUGUUAAAUCAAAUUUUAACCGUUUGGGUUUAGCUUACGAUGCAAAUGAAGCACUUGGAAAUAAUUGUGAUCAGGUUAUAACAAAUGGAGAGUAUGAUGAUAAUGAUGCAGUCACAAAAAAUAUGCCAAGACAGAAAAAGACUAAUGUCGUAAAAGUUUUAGAAGAGUUAGCCAAACAUAAAAAGCAAAAACCUGUGUUUGUUUCCGAAGAUGACCAGUUGUUUUGCAUAUACAACUUAGAGAUGUAUCCUGAGGAUGAUUUCGAAUCUAUGAGUAGAGAUCCGAAGAAUGUUUAUCAGUUGACAUCCAGACAAAUCGAACGACUAAUCAACAAAUUUAAACAAACCAAUGGCUUUCAAAAGUAUCUCAAAGAUAAGCAGUCAGGAGAGCUUGCCAUCGAUGAGUUGCUUAAUGAAGAACUGAUGUAA